UACAAUGGAGAUGAAUGGAUUGUCGUCUGCCAUAACAUAACCUUGACAAGUUCUUGGGCGCGAUAUUAAACAAGUGGAGCAAUUCGUCAAACGAUUUUUUCACCUGAGACAUCUAAUCAAGGUUUAUAAAAUAAUUGAUUAUCUUACGAUGUCCGAGAACGCGACUGAAGGGGUGACGGCUGAGAAAGAAGCCGCCGCCGCCGCCACCGAAGACCCGAAUGCCGUCUCGGAAGAGGACCGGCAAUUCUUGACAGAGCACGUGCGCGAAACGGAACAGAGACUCGCGACAAAGGAAGAGAUUCGGGCGGCCAAUCUGAAUCCCACGAGACCUCCGGACGCGUCAUUCAGUAAACUCGACUCGAGCCUCAAGAGGAACACUACGUUUGUCAAGAAACUGAAGAACUUCAGCGUGACUCAGCUCGACACGGUUCUGAAGGAUAUGGCGAAUUUAAACCUGACCAAAUACGUGAGCGAGGUUGCCACUGCUCUGGUAGAUGCCAAAAUAAAGAUGACCGACGUUGCGCCUGCUAUUAGAGUGUGCAGCUUCCUCCAUCAGACGUACGCCGAGUUCUCCACUCAUUUCUUCGAAAAUUGGCAAAGGAUCCUGUCGUUCAAGAUCGGCGACAAGAUCGCGAAUCCCAGCAAGCUGAGAGUAGAUCUGCGAUUCUACGCGGAAUUGGUGAACGCUGGGAUAUUCACGCACAAGCAGGGCCUGUCGCUGCUUGGCUCGGUGUUAACUGUGUUGAUCAAUAUGGACAAAGAGGAGCACAAUAACGCCAGUAUAAUAUUGAGUUUCUGCCGGCACUGCGGCGAGGAUUAUGCCGGUCUUGUACCUAAAAGAGUGCGAGAGCUGUCGGAGAAAUUAAAUGUUUCGAUUCCAAAGAGUAAAUUGUUGUCGCCGGACAAGCAGCAAAACGUGAGACUGCUGCUACGCGACUAUUACAAUUCCUUGUGCAAACAUAUGUUAAAGGAACACAAGGAGCUGCAGGCGUUUGAGAAACAGAAUCGCAAGAUACUGCAAACCAGAGGAGAAUUGAGCUCGGAACGAAAGGAAAAGCUGGAAGCUCUGCAGGUUUCUUACGAGCGUCUAUUAACCAGCGUGCAGAGCUUCUCCGAUACGUUAGACGAGCCGAUGCCCGAGCUUCCGGUGGACAACGAGAUGAAAACGGAAGCGGAAGAUAGCCUGAAGAUGAUCAACGACGGAGAGGACAGCAGCAUGUUGGAGGAUAUGUGGGGUGACGAAGAGACGAGACGUUUCUACGAAGUGUUACCGGAUCUGACUGUCUUCCUACCAGGCUCGUAUUUGAAGGACACCCCGAAAGAUAGCGCAAAAACGGAAACGGCAAUAACGGAAGACGCUCUUGACGAAGAAAUUGUUUUCGACGAGCUGGAAGAGACCGAGAAGAUCGAGGAGCCGCCGGAGGUGGAGGUGGAGGAGCCACAGGUGUCCAACACGAGCAACAAAAUAUUGCUCGACGCUUUCCUGACACAUCUGCCAAAUUGCGUAAAUCGCGAGAUGAUCGACAACGCCGCGGUGAACUUCCUGAUGAAUCUCAACACGAAGCACAACAAGAAGAAGCUGGUAAAAGCUCUUUUCGGUGUUUCUAGAAUUCGUCAGGAUUUGCUACCCUUCUACUCCCGUUUAGCAGCUAUUCUUUAUCCAGUAAUGCCCGAGAUUGGCAAUGACCUGUGCCAGAUGCUGAAGCAGGACUUUAAAUACCACGUGCGCAAGAAGGAUCAGAUUAACAUCGAGUCGAAGAUCAAGGUGGUUCGCUAUAUCGGUGAGCUCGUCAAAUUUAAGCUCUACUCCAAAAUAGAGGCGUUGUACUGCCUGAAGGUUUUACUGCAUGACUUUACACACCAUCAUAUCGAAAUGGCUUGCAACCUGUUGGAGAUUUGCGGCCGAUAUCUCUUCUGUUCGCCAGAUUCUCAUCAAAGGACCAAGGUCUACCUAGAGCAGAUGAUGCGUAAAAAAGCGGUCACUGCACUCGAUUCGCGCUACGUCACGAUCAUCGAGAACGCGUAUUACUUCGUGAACCCACCCGAAUCGACCGGCGGCGUCACGAAGAAGGACAGACCACCUGUACAUGAAUUUAUUAGGAAACUACUUUAUCAGGAUCUCUCCAAGACGAAUACUGACAAGGUGCUUAAGUGGAUGCGUAAACUUGACUGGGAAGAUGAGAGCGUGUCGACCUACGCCAUAAAAUGUCUCACUGCCGCCUACAACGUUAAGUAUCCUAAUAUUCGAUGCGUGGGAAGCCUAUUGGCCGGUUUGGUAGCCCAUUACGAGACCAUCGGGCCUCAGGUGGUCGACGGUGUGUUCGAAGACAUACGACUGUGUAUGGAGAUCAACCUGCCGAAAUACAAUCAGCGACGCAUUGCCAUGGUCAAGUACUUGGGCGAGCUGUACAAUUAUCGAAUGGUGGAGAGCGGCGACAUUUUCCGUACUUUGUAUUUGCUUAUCACCUUCGGCGUCAGCACGGACCACUCAGUGCCAAGCGUUCUCGACCCGCCUGAUCAUCUCUUUCGUAUUCGUUUAGUGUGCACAUUAUUGGAGACUUGCGGCCAGUACUUUAGCGGCGGAUCCAGCAAGAAAAAGCUCGAUUAUUUCCUUGUAUUUUUCCAGAACUACUUCUGGUUCAAGUACACGGAUCCGGUUUGGACGUCCGAGAAUCCAUUCCCCGUUGGGAUAGAUUACAUGUAUCGCGACACGUUAACGAUGCUGCGACCUAAAAUGCAAUUGUUCCAGAGCUACAAAGAGGCGCAAUGCGCCGUAGAAGAGUUGCGCAACACCCUCUACCCGACCUUGGGUAAUCCUCCCGUUGACGAUACCGCGGCAGAAGGCGAAAAUGAGAUGGGCGUUAUUAUGGAAGGCGACGAGGAAGCAGCGAUGACCGGGAACGGUAGUGGAGAUGCGAAGGGUAUAGCCGAGCUGCAUUUCGAGGAAUCCGAGGAUUGCUCGGAGGCGCAGUCGGAAGAGGAAUGGACAGCCGAUGCGGAACGCGACGACACCAUGGGCACUCAAGAGAACACUCAGGGUGAUCGAUCUCAGAGUCUCUCGGCGGACGGUGGCACCGAGGGCGUGAUCGUGGACGUGACGGAGGAACUGAACGCAGCUUUGCCAGCCGGGCCAAGACGCGUGAGCUGUCCGGAGGACGAUGAUUUCCUGUCGGCGCUGGAUAAAAUGGUCUCGGACAAUAUACAGGAUCGUAUGCGAGAUUCGGUCAAACCGCAACAGGUAGACAUCUCUGUGCCGUUGCACGUAAAGAGCACGAAGAAGACAUAUGAGCAACUGCAGGAGAGACCGACCGAUAAUAGCACAGUAGAUUUUGUACUAAUGUUAAGAAAGGGUAACAAACAGCAGUACAAGAAUCUUGCGGUCCCGGUGUCGUCCGAGUUGGCUAUGAAUCUCAGGAAUCGCGAACAGGAACAGAAGGAGGAGAAGGAGCGCGUGAAGAGACUGACUUUGAACAUUACCGAGAGGCAAGAGGAGGAAGACUAUCAAGAGACUAUGAAUCAAAGCACGAGACCGGUCACCGUAAACUUGAAUAGGGAACGACGGCAAAAGUAUAAUCAUCCUAAAGGAGCGCCCGAUGCCGAUCUCAUCUUCGGACCGAAGAAAAUUCGAUAAACGAAAAUUCUCGAAUAAUUAUUUUAAAGUCGAACGGUUGCACGCCACUGGGAAAUUGUUGAUAUGCAUUUGUGAAGUGAAAUUUCACGCUUCGGACUUGUCAAGUAUAUAGUUAACUAACUUUGACUAUACGGUUAGUUUUACCGCUUUUUACUAUAAUGUUUCAGAGUUUCUUCGAGGACGAACGUUUCAUGAUGUAUCGCACACAUCAGAAUUUGGACGAGUGUAUUAUAUGUACAGAUGAUGCAAGUUAGCAUUUGAACGAAUCAGUUGUAAGACUGAUACAAUAAACCCUCGUUAAAGAAAAGUUAGGAUAACUAACUUCGAUAUAUAAUAUGUAUGUAUACAUAUAUAUUACAAAUACAUAAAAUUUAUUUUCCUGGCCAAAAUGUAUGUUUAAAAUAGUCUAUCAAUAUGGACUAUUACAACGCACUGCCGAUUUUUAACUACACGCAGGGUUUACUGUAUCAUACAAAUGCAUUUUUAAUGCAACUAGAUAUACAUUGAUAUAUAUAUAUAUAUAUAUAUAUAUAUAUAUAUCAUUUAUCGUAUACAUGAUACCUUUUGUGUGACGCGAAUGUUAGACAUUUUUACACAGACUUAUAAUCGAUCAUCAUUUUGACUUUCAACGAAAGCUAUGUUGUGAUAGAAUAUACGAUCAAUUUAUAUACUUAUCCGUGAUAUUUUUAACAUAAUUCCAUACCUUAUUUGAAAAAUAAUAUUGUCUCUUCCUUUGCAGAUCGCAAAUGCCGAAUGAUAUAUAAGUGAAAUUUGCAGGCUGUAAUCAAACUUUCUAUCGAAAGAACAAAACGAAUAAAACAGAACUCAACACUUGA